CGGCAUAAAAGAACACACGCUGUUGAGAAGCCUUACAAAUGUAAUCAAUGUGGUAAACCCUUUGCACAAAACAGUCAUCUCAAAAGCCAUACAAGAACACAUACUGGAGAGAAACCUUAUGAAUGUAACCAGUGUGGUAAAGCCUUUGCACAAAACAGUCAUCUCACAAGACAUAAAAGAACACACACUGGACAGAAACCUUAUGAAUGUAACCAAUGUGGUAAAGCCUUUGCAGAAAACAGUACUCUCAUACGGCAUAAAAGAACACACACUGGAGAGAAACCUUAUGAAUGUAAUGAGUGUGGUAAAGCCUUUGCAGAAAACAGUACUCUCUUAAGCCAUAAAAGAACACACACUGGAGAGAAACCUUAUGAAUGUAGUGAGUGUGGUAAAGCCUUUGCAGAAAAAAGUACUCUCGUAAGCCAUAAAAGAACACACACUGGAGAGAAACCCUAUGAAUGUAACCAGUGUGGCAAAGCCUUUGCAGAAAACAGUACUCUCUUAAACCAUAAAAGAACACACACUGGAGAGAAACCUUAUGAAUGUGACAAGUGUGGCAAAGCCUUUGCAUUAAACAGUCAUCUCGUAAGCCAUAGAAGAACACACACUGGAGAGAAACCUUAUGAAUGUAACCAAUGUGGUAAAGCCUUUGCAGAAAACAGUACUCUCAUACGGCAUAAAAGAACACACACUGGAGAGAAACCU